AUGUCCAGUCUCUCAUCUCUAUCCGAUGGAGAAACGACUACUUCCCGAAAUAUCCCGGACAGAAAGGACCUAUGGAACAGAUAUGAUGACAACGAGUUCAGAUCCAGAUUCAGGUUCAAUAAACCAUGUAUUCUGCAUUUGCUGAGUAAAAUUGAACACCUGAUUGAACCUGAAACAAGGCGUUCUAAAGCAAUUGAUGCGAGAACUCAACUGCUUAUAGUGCUGAGAUACUAUGCAACAGGCUCUUUUCAAGCAGUACUUGGGGAUUUGGUGGAAUGUAAUAAAUCUACCAUGUGCCGCAUCAUACAAAGGGUAACGAAAGCUAUUACAAGCUUAGCGGAUCAGCAGAUUAAAAUGCCAACUUCAGAAGAGUACCAGCAAGUUGCUCAAGAAUUUUAUGAAAUUGCUGCUUUUCCAAGGGUUUUAGGAGCUGUAGAUUGUACCCAUGUGAAGAUAAAUUCACCAGGUGGACACUUAGCUGAGACCUUCAGGUGUCGCAAAGGCUUUUUUUCAAUCAACGUGCAAAUUGUUUAUGACGCCAGAUUGAAAAUAAGAAACAUAAUUGCUCGCUGGCCAGGCUCUGUUCAUGAUAGCACAAUUUUCAAUAAUUCGCCUUUAUGUGCUAUGCUUGAAAAUGGUGCAUAUGGCAAUUUUUAUUUAAUUGGAGAUAGUGGAUAUUUUUGUAAAAGAUAUUUACUAACACCAUUUCUAAGUCCCUCCACCACCGGAGAAGAAAAUUACAAUAAAAGCCAUAUUCUAACAAGAAAUACAGUAGAGAGGUGCAUAGGAGUAUGGAAACGUAGAUUUCCUUGCAUCCAAAAAGGAAUUACUUUGAAAAAAAUGGACACAAUAUUAAAAGUUAUUGUGGCCACCGCAGUUCUUCAUAAUAUGGCCAUCUCAUUUGAAGAAGAAGAAUUUUUUGAAGUAGAUUUGGAUCAGGAAGAACUUGCAAAUCAUAUAUCACAUGGUCCCCAAGAUUUUUCAGUUAGAUCAGCUUUGGUCAAUACCGUUUUCAAUUGA